AUGGCCGUCUCGGAGACGUUCCGGCUCGUCGUCAUCGUCUUCUUCGCGACGCACAUCCCCGCGACGAUCUUGAUGGACUCCCAGGCGCUCCUUCCGCCGUCCGUCGUGCCGUCCUUCGCGAGGGCGCUGCUCCGAUUCCACUGCGAGCAGAACGCGGACCCGCUCAUGGCGGAUCCGCCGGUGUGGUUCAAGUCGUUCAUCCUGUUCGAGCUCCUGUUCCAGCUCCCGUUCUUCUUCGUCGGGCUCAGAGCGUUCACGCGGAGAGAGAACUGGAUCAGGAUACCCGGGAUAUGCUACGGCGCACACACGGCGACGACGCUGAUUCCGAUCCUCGCGUCGAUCCUCCACGCGCUGGAGAUGAAGAGCGAAGCCGCGCGGUGGAAGCUGUUUUUUAUAUACCUGCCCUACCUCGUCGUCCCGGCGUGGAUGGCGCUCGAGCUCGCGCGGCACGAGAAGCCGUUCGGGAACGCGGCGCGAAGGGCGUCGAGGGCGAGGAAGCAGGAGUGA